UCUCAUUUGCCUCACAGCUUGGACUGCGAUAGACCAAACCAAUCAGCAGCUCUUGUCCCUUGCAUUUUAAGCGAAGACUAACUAAUUCACACGUCCCACUCUCAUGGGAUACACUAUCGAUAAUGGUAAAUGGGAUAGCAUUCCUAAUGAAUAGAGCUACUCCCCCUCCUUUGCGCUUUUGUGUUCUGUCGGCCCUUACUAACGUAAAGCCCUCGAAAUCAAGUUCUAUACUAUCUAUAGCCUGUGUCAGCCAGGUUUCUGUUACUGCGAUUAUAUCUGGCUUUAUAGAGUCAAUCUGCGUCUUUAGAUUGUCUGAAAAGUGUAUGAGAAUAAAGGUGUGGUUUUUAAAGGAUGGACGAGGAUCAUCGCAAACUCGGAUAGAGUGUGGUUCAAGAUAAUGAAGUAACAAUAGGUUGAUAUUAAGGUAACUUCCUGCCAUUCUAAAAAUUUUCAAGAUGAACGUGAUGGUCCUCUUGCUGAAGUUCUUCAUAAAUAAUUUUCUGUACUGUAGAUGUUUAUACUGAUACUUAGAAACAAUCUGGGUUAGUGAAAGUAGAUAUUCUUAACAACCCUCGCGCCCCCAUUCUAACCAGAGUUAUGAAUAGCGAAGCCCUUGAGAUAAUCGAGAUUAAACGUAAAUCCUUCGGAAAUUUGGGUCCAAGUCUAUGCUGUAAAAUAGAUAUUUCACUUAACCAGUCAGCUGUACUGGCGCUGCUGGCCACUCCUGAAAUUUAGUUCUAAAAGUAAAUGGUUAUGACUGACCACGUUUAUGGUCUAGUUGUAUAUUUAUAUUCACCAAUCCACUUCAUAUCUGAUUCGCAUCCCGUCCUGAAUACCUACCUAUAUUUCUGUACAGUAGGUUUAUUGUCUUUUCUAGCGGAUUUGGUCCAAAGAUGACUCACUGAAAAACUCCAAUCAAAUUGCUGCGCACUAAUGUCUGUUGGUAUCGUUUAUGGUGAUCAGUAUAGACGGCUGUGUUGUAGCUCACCUAAGUUUGGCGACAGAUACGCCUUGGUCAUGGAUUUAAUCAAUGCAUACAAACUCAUUCCAGAACUUUCUCGUGUGCCUCCCUUACAGUGGGAUUCACCUAAUCGCAUGUAUGAAGCAGUGACUACCUUUCACUCUAAAGAAUAUGUUGAUGCUCUUAAGAAAUUACAAAUGCUACACAUUGAGGAGAAAGAAUUGACUGCUGAUGACGAGUUGCUUAUGGAUUCAUUUAGUCUGAAUUAUGACUGCCCUGGUUUUCCUAGUGUUUUUGAUUAUUCGUUAGCUGCUGUUCAAGGUAGUUUAGCUGCAGCUAAUGCUUUAAUCUGUCGUCAUUGUGAGGUAAAACUCUUUACACUAUUUAUCUUUAGGGCAAAAGUAUCAAUUGAGUAUUAUAAUACUUUUGUCGUUCCUACUUCUUACUGAACACAACGUUGCGUUACUAUUAUUGUUGUUUCUGUUCCACCUCUGAUUUAACUAAUAACUUAAUUGAUAUACUUUUUUAAAAAUUUCAAAGUGGAUUCUAAUCGCAGAAAAAAUUCUCAUCAAAAAAACAGCAAUCACUGUUAAAAAAUACUUUUUAAGAAAAAUUGUUGGCUACUUAUGGGUAAUAAAGCGAUUUAUUCCUUCCCCUUCGAGUAAGAUCGACUUUACUACAAAUACAUAUUCUCGCAAAGCCGAAAAGUAGUCGUUUCUAUUUUGUAAUGAGAGUUUAAAGUAAAAAUUGUGAUUCACAAAAAAGUAUUUUCAAUACCUUUUUAAAUAAUAAAAGAACACCAAAAGUCUAUUACAUAAUACAAUAAUCUGAGUCUCAAUUUUCGUCUACUAACAGAAAACUUUCUAAUGUAAUAAAGUAUACAUCUUCAUAUAUUUUUAAGUUGGUUUGACCCUUUGUUUUGCUUCUUGCUACUGUAAAGUACAUUUUGGUUUCUUUAGUAUUGCAAAACCCAAGCUAUAUCAAAGCUUUAUUACGAACUAUUGAAAUUCGUUUUAACAAUUAAUUAGGUGUUUCAUAAAUUAGAAAGUGCGAUAUUUUACAUACUCCUGAUUACUCCGUCAUGUGGCAUAACUUCCCUAAACUCUUCUGUAGUUUCUUAUAAGCUCGAUUCCUAAGACAAUCAUGUUAACAAAGACUGUCCUAAAAAUCAAGUUUGAAUUGGGCUCUAAAAAUAAAGAAAGUAAACCAGUGAAAAUCGCAUAAAUGGUUUUGGGAAUGUAUAUUUAAGGUCCUUUGAAAUUAUGGUGUAGCUUUUAGAGCGCUUGACUCGCAAGCAGUAACCAUCUGCGUAUGUUUAUUAUGAUUGGUUGAGGUUGCAGGUUCAAGCUUCACCAUACUUCGUUUGGAUAACCACCCAACCUCACACAAAAUGUAUGGUUUAAUGCCGAUUAUAUAAAUUUAUUUGGUCGUUAUCAACUGGGGCGGUGGGUGGCAUCAUGCCAAAAGAAGUGAAGCUUCUGGAUUUUGCUAUUUAAAUGAUGCCGUUUUGGCCGUCCAUCGACUGGUUUCAUCAACUCCAUCAGAAAUUUCACCCAACAGACAGACACGAGUAUUGUAUGUUGACCUUGAUCUUCAUCAUGGUGAUGGAGUAGAAGAAGCUUUCUGGUAUAGUCCUCGUGUAGUUACGUUUUCCGUACAUCAUGCCUCUCCUGGUUUCUUUCCCGGUACAGGAACCUGGAAUAUGGUCGAUAAUGAUAAACUACCGAUUUUCUUAAAUGGCGCUGGUCGUGGCAGAUUCUCAGCAUUCAAUUUGCCAUUAGAAGAAGGUAUCAAUGAUUUAGACUGGUCAAAUGCUAUUGGCCCUAUACUUGAUUCUCUUAACAUGGUUAUUCAACCAAGUUAUGUUGUAGUUCAAUGUGGAGCCGAUUGUUUAGCUACUGAUCCACAUCGAAUAUUUCAUUUAACUAAUUUUUAUCCUAGUUUCAAUUCAGAUUGCGACCCAGAAUGUAGUUUAAGUGGCUAUUUGUACGCUAUUAAGAAAAUUUUAUCAUGGAAAGUUCCAACUUUGAUACUUGGAGGUGGUGGCUAUAAUUUUCCGGAUACAGCCAGGCUAUGGACAAGAGUUACAGCUCUGACAAUUGAAGAAGUUAAGGGUAAAAAGUAUGUUGCUUUCAAAUUUUUUUAGUUCUUGAUCUAUUUUUUAGUGCUAAUAUGUUGUCUCGUUUUAGAGAAUUCAUGAAUAAUUCACUAGGUUCAUCAUCGAAGACUUAGUUCCAACUAAUCUGCCAUCUUGAUUCUUUAAUCUGUAGAAUUUUGUAAAUGUAUGAUUAGUUUGGUAUGUUCAAAUUCAGUUGUUUUUUGAACUUGAUGUUUCAUUAUCAAGGUGCGUGCUAUCACCAAUGUGACUUAACAGGAUAGUGAAGUAACUUGACUUCUCACCGAUAUUCUUUAUCAAAAUGUCUAUCUUAUUGUUGUGUGUGGCUAGCGAACUAUUAAGUUUCUUGUGACACGUAAUCAUAAUCUAGAGGAUACCACUGAUAUUUAUCAGUCUCAAUUAGAAAGCUUAAAAUUACGUAUGCACUUUAAUACACUUGUACGAAGCAGUGCUUAUCGUUGACAUGGGAUUUAUUCAAUUUCUUACUAUCCUUAUUGUAAAGAUUUAAAGCUUGGAUUUCAAAUAUUUUCACAUUUUUGUCGCUUCCCAGGGUUUUAUUUAUCCUAGUCAAAGCUUAUGACAUCAGUCUAGAUGCCUACUUUCAUACGACAACCUUAUAAUGUAGCCUUUAUUCAAGGAAGACCAUGUAUAAAUUAGUGGGGUCAGUCAGUCAGCUACAACGUAGGAUCAGGCACAUAUAUGCGUCGGUCCAAGUUGCCAUCCCCAUUAACACAACAAGAUGGACACCGGAUUCAUAUAAGUAGUUAAUUCAGAGGUGGUAAUAUAUAAAAGAAUGAUUGCAAUAAGGAUAUAGUACAGAAAGAAAGAAUUAGUUCGUACAAAGAAAGAUAUGAAGCGAUUUUAAUCUCUUAGUUUAAGGGAAGACAGAGAGUGUAUACACCGACGUCAUUGUGAUCGAUUCUGAGC